UGAGGUGGUCAAGAUGGCGGCCUCCAUGUGCUGCCGUAGACUGGAAGGUCUAUGGAAGAUAAACACUAAUAUGCGCCUGCAGUAUAUCGGAAAGAGGACCAUUCUCUCUGAUGCAUACCGAUGUGAUAAGGCUUGGAAUGUAUAUCUACAGGCCCCAACACUGAGAGAGGUUGAUGCAGUUUCUUUCCAGAAUGAAAUUUACAAUAAAUACCAAAAACUAAAGAAUGUCAGUGCAGUAGACAUUGAUAUUCUAGCCCACGUUCUGCCUUCAGUACCACCAGUUCAGUUGCCAUUUACAGUGGAGCUUUUUGAAAUGUUCAGACACUGUAGGGAAGCUGUGGAAGCGAAAGAAUCGUAUCAUUAUGCACUCAUUCGCAGUUGUAUAGAAAUGAAGAAUGAAAAAAUGCUCAUGAGCAUGCUAAGUAAAAAGCUUAAAUAUGGUGUCUUUCCUGACAACUACUCUGGCAACAUCCUUAUGGACCAUCUGAUAAAACAAGAAAACUAUGCAGAUGCAGCAAAGGUAAGCUAUGGGUUCAUGCUACAGAAUGAACUGGGUCAUCCAUCUACCAGACUUAUGUGUUUAUACUCAUGUGCCUUACAUCUACAAAAUGGUGCUGUAGUGAAGGUUGAACCACAGGAGGAGCAGGAGACUGUUUUAGAGGAAGAAUCACAAGCUACUAGUGAACUUAUAGAAGAAGAAAAAGAAGUUGAAUAUAAAUUGAGACCUGUACUUUAUAUCUCUCUGCCAUACUAUGAUGAUCACUUUGACAUCCGAGAUGAUGUGCUUCUGCUGGGUAAAACCUUUCAUGCCCUUGGACAGGUGUUGCCAGAGGAACAGAAGUUAAUGAGCCAGAGCUGCAAGUUCUUAGGGCUAGGCCUAUACCAAAAGUUUGAGAAAGGACUAGAGCUAGGGAGAAAUAUUCUAGAGUCAGAUGACAAAAAUGUUUUAUCAAAAAUGGCAGUUGAGUUUUUCACCCAAAGUUUGGAGAAUGCUCCUACACGGGAAGAAGAAGUGCCAGAUAUUGAUCCAGGGCUGUUGAAAAUGAAGCAUGUAAAAUACAAGUUGAGACUGACUGAAAAAAUGAAGGAGGAGCAUUUGUCUGAGCUAAAGGAUUUAACACAGAAGUUGUCCAAUGAAGGAAAAAUUGCUGAAGAUGAUUUAUGCGAGGUGGCGAAAUCAUAUGUUGAAAAGGAACUUCCACAAUAUGAGGAAAAUGAUAUAAAAGCCCAAGAAGAUUCAUUUAGAAAAUGGAGUGAGGACAGAGAAAUAUCUGUUGAUAAACAGAUUAAAUAUUACCUAAGGCUACAAAAACAGAAAGCCAUUCAUGUACAACUGAAGAAGUUGGAAAUAAGAGAAAAAGAAAUGGAAUUUAGGCUUGAUCCCAAACACUUUAAAAAGCUGACUAAAAAGCAGAGAAAGCUUGAAAGGUUGAAGGUGAAGGAGCGUGCCAGGGCUGUGGCCGAACGUAAGAAGAAGGAAGAGGCUGGAUGGGAACUUUGAUUUCUUGUGAAAAUUUCAUUUCAAAUUUUUUCAUGGACUCAUUUUUGGCAUUUUUUAUUUAUUAUUUUUUUUA